GGAGUGCAUAUUAUAAGUUGAUGCGUCUCUCAAAUAGUACAAAGAUUUACCAAAGAAGAUCCACAAAGAUGUUCCAAAUAGAUGUCCAGUCGUUACUUGAUACUCUAGUCGGACUGAAUAUUAUAAGUUGAUGCAUCCCUCAAAUAAUAUUUCAUGGAGGCAGAUUCGAUCCAGAUUUCCGAGCCACAAUGAGGUUCCAAAUAGAUGUUAAUUGAUGCUCUAGUCGGACUGCAUCAACCUGUUCUCUCAUCAAUCAAGGAAGCAAAACAUUACUUUACAUAGUAAUUCAUUAUGGAUUCCCAGAAACCGGAAAAUAAUGUUUCACAUAGCAAGACAGUGACCAAACCUUAUGGGAAAAUAGUGCUGUCACUGAACAAUUGUAUACUACCUGAAUCCAAGCUAUCGCUCACUCCAUCGAAAUUAGAUGGAUUUGACUCAGAAACUGAAACUGAUCUUAGAAUUCUCGGAUGUGAAAUGAUUCAAACUGGUGGAAUACUAUUGAGAUUACCUCAGGUUGCAAUGGCAACUGGUCAAGUCCUUUUUCAAAGAUUUUAUUAUUCAAAGUCUUUUAUGCGUUACCCCAUGGAAACCACUGCUAUGGCUUGCUUGUUUCUUGCUUCAAAAGUUGAGGAAUGUCCUAGACGAAUAAGGGACGUAAUGAAUGUGUUCCAUCACAUUAAACAAAUCAAGAGUCAAAAAACUAUCCAGCCGAUGCAAAUAAAUGACCACUACAUCAUCUUGGAAAAACAAGUCAUCAUGACUGAGAGCAGAGUUCUGAAACAGCUUGGAUUCUGUGUGCAUGUCAAGCAUCCUCAUAAGAUUAUUGUUGUGUACCUGCAAGUAUUAGGAUACGAAAAGCAUCAACCGAUUAUGCAGCUGUCAUGGAACUACAUGAACGACUCUCUGAGAAGUGAUGUGUUUAUGAGAUACGAUCCAGAAACGGUGGCGUGUGCAUGCAUCUACCUGUCAGCCCGCAAGCUGCGCAUCCCCUUGCCGAAGCAGCCGCCCUGGUUUGGCCUGUUUGGUAUUUCUGAAGACCACAUUGUCGAUGUGUGCAAACGAAUUCUACGGCUCUACCAACGGGCAAAGGUGAAUGCUGAGGAAUUGGAGAAGAAAGUGGAAGAACUUAAAAAAAAUUAUCAGGAAGCCAAACUAAAAGCCUGUGGACAGAUCUCGGGAAGCAAUGCUCCCAACUCAGGAGCUAGUAACAACCAUCAGGAAGCCAGACUAAAAGCUUGUGGACAGAUCUUUGGAAACAAUGCUCCCAACUCAGGAGCUAGUAACAACCAUCAGGAAGCCAGACUAAAAGCUUGUGGACAGAUCUCGGGAAGCAAUGCUCCCAACUCAGGAGCUAGUAACAACCAUCAGGAAGCCAGACUAAAAGCUUGUGGACAGAUCUCGAGAAGCAAUGCUCCCAACUCAGGAGCUAGGACAACCAUCAGGAAGCCAAACUAA